GUAAGCACGUACAUAUCAUGAAUGCAUUUUAAAACGCACCGGUUAAAUAAGCCGCGCAAUUUAGUUUACAUAUUAGCUGUAUAGAAAAAACUUACAAAAAUGCCCAUGGCUUUGUCAACACAAGUUGCUUCAGAAGAUGAGCAGUUUGUCCUGAUUGCUAAAAUUGACAGCGCUAGAAACGUAUCGAACAUCCUCAAAGCUAUUCAUUUCAAAGAGACAGCCACAGUGUUUGCCAGCCCUAUGGGACUAAAGGUUACAGUAGAGGAUGCCAAAUGUAUACAGGCAAAUGCUUUCAUACAGGAGGGAAUUUUUCAGGAAUUCACUAUCAAGGAAGAACAACUUACAUUUAAAAUAAAUCUCACAGUAUUACUGGAAUGUUUGACUAUAUUUGGAAGUGGACCCGUGGCAGGAUCAGCAACAAGUUUAAAGAUGUGUUAUGCUGGAUAUGGUUCUCCAUUACUAUUAAUACUUGAAGAAGAUGGUGUGCUGACAGACUGUAGUAUUAAAACACUGGACCCUGAUGAAGUUCUAGAUUUUAACUUCUCCAGUACUAAUGUCAUCAAUAAAAUUAUUAUGAAGACUGAGUGUUUAAAGGAGGCAUUUAGUGAGUUAGAUAUGACAAGUGACGUGUUAGAGUUCCUGAUGUCACCCGAUACACCACAUUUUAGACUGUCAACUUUCGGGAAUGCUGGCAGUACGUUUUCAGAUUUCCCAAAAGAUUCAGAUAUGAUGGAGUCAUUUCAAUGUGCACAAACUCAAACAAAUAGGUAUAAGGUAUCGUUGUUAAAGCCGUCAGUGAAAGCCCUUGCAUUAUCAUCUAGAGUGUCUAUACGUACAGAUAACCGUGGUUUCCUCUCACUACAAUAUAUGAUCAAAAAUGAAGACGGACAAGUCUGCUUUGUUGAAUACUACUGUGCACCAGAUGAAGAUAUUGACGAACCGGAACAUUGAGUAUCGGCAGUUUUAUGAAAAAGACCAAAUUGUUGUUAGUAACAGCAACAUGUUAGCACAUCCCACACAUUGCCAGGCAUUUAUAUUGCCCCCGAAAAUAAACUUUAUACAGAAUAAAUGAUAUAAAGUUAAUACUGUAAUUCA